AUGCAUGAGUUGAGGAACUUCUCUGAUGAUGAGCAACGUUUGCUCCCCGCCGACGACUAUGCCUUCCCAGCGAAACAACCGCAUGCCACUACUCGCCCGCUUCCCGCCGGGCAUGGAGCCGUCCAGGUAGCAAGCCCAGGCCGUCGAUAUUGGUUCCGAUCACUGGUGCUGAUCUUGUGUCCCUUGAUCAUCAUGGGAUACUUUGUUGUCAUUUGUUACUGGCUCAAUCCCGAAGGCGGUGACAGCGCCGUCAAUUUUGGCAGACACGGAGGAAGAUGGGUUUUCUACUCUUGGUUCUUCAUCGGCGUCAUCGGACUCGAUCUCUCGCGGUAUGGUCUUCUUGGAGCUGAAGCGGCAAUGCUUGAACGGACACCCUGGGAAGUGCCCAACCUUGUCGCUCUUCUCCAGCACAGCAACAACACUUGGAGCUCUCCGUCUGGAUGGGGCCGCUUUUUUGCGAGACUGUUUCUUCGCAAGAGGAGAGAUACGCAUCGCCUAUGGAUCAUCCUUGCUUCUCUGAGCAUCACCUUCUUCGUCGCUUUGCCAAUCUCUGGACUUGCAAUCGAGCAAGCCGAUGGUUACACCUAUACAUCUGGAAGACCCACAGUCGUUGGUCGCAAAUGGGAAGAUUUCAAUGCCAGGGACUCCAAGCACUACUAUCCAAAUGCGAAAAAUGCUUGGCAGGUUGGCUCACCACCAACUCUGCCUGGAUUCGGCGUUCUCUUCACCCCAAAGGGUCUGGAUCGGGAAGAAUACGAUGGUCUCGAAAAGGUCCCCAACACUUUGCCUCUCAAUGAGAGCAUGCCGGAAAUGUUUCUCGCACCUCAAGCUGAGAAUCCUGUGGCAGACAAGGCCUGGGGUCUGAGAGCAAGCUAUCGAUGCGAGAUCAUUGACAAUGUUGAUGAUUUCGUCCUCCUUAACCCGAAAGUCACACCCGACGCUUGGAAGGAUUGGCGACCGCAUUCAGAGACAGGUUACUCUGAAGUCACGCAACGGGGCCGCGGUAUUUUUGACUAUUACGAAAGGGCCGGCAACAUCCUGGCUUACGGUCAAGUCGCUUUUGGCCAAAGAUGGGCAACCUACAAUGGAAGCGAUGUGGACUACUACAAGCCGGAUGAGUUGCACAAGGGAGACCUCCUGGAAUAUGCUCUUUGGCAGUACCGCUUGAAAUCCUCAUACGAAGAAAUCGAGAACUUUGACAAUGACCUCGACCCCAUCGUCAAAGGCCUCGAUGGCAGCCCUAUCAUCAAAGCGCAGAAUUCAUCAUUUGUCCCGAAUACAACAUUUUUCGGUGCGCUUUCCGAGAUUCAAAACAACAUGUCCGACACGAAGGGCCUUUUUGGUGACCAUGGCCCCUUUAAUCAGAGUCUUGCUGGGUAUAACAUUACUGAAUUCGCCUCGCCCAUCGGCGUCCAGUGUCGGAUGAUGUCGACCCUCGGAUACGCCAUGUUAGACCCCUGGGAUUCGACCUUCGACUCAUUUGAGCCAAUGAGUGAUCCCCUCUUCAACUACGACAUUACUGUGAAUCGCAUGCCGACACUCGGUGCCAUGGCUGUCACUACUUUGCACAGAGGACGAUUCGGCAACAUCUUUUCUUCCCUCAACCACCCUGCGGCAAUCAUUCAGUCGAAUUCAUAUGUAAUGGAUUCAUACAUCAAGCCCAUGGAUUUAAAGAGAACCGUCAUGCGAGCGUAUGCCACGGAUUUGCUGCAGCUCAUGUACGACGGCAAGUAUGGCUUUGAAGGCGGCUGGUUACACCCGAACCUUACCGCGACGGAAGAGUCAAAGGUACUCACGCCAGGCGAAUUCCCGAUCCUGGUACCUAUUCUGAUGGUUAUGUUUGGUUACUGGGCCCUUGGGUGCCUCCUGUUGGGAAUAUUCUACGGGUUCAGGCGGCGGCAAAACGAGACAAUGGAUGGGUAUGCGUACUUCCGGCUUUCUACGGACCUGGCGGAUGAUGUCAAGCUACUGGUGGGCGCUUUGAUGAAGAGCAAGCCUGAUGAGAUUGACGGCUUGUGGAAUGUUCCGGGGUCUAUUGUGCGUCGUAUGCGGUAA